UUGUUCAUUUUGUGUAUGAAUUUGUGUAUUAGACUGGCAUUUAUGAAAAUGUUGUAAAUUAGGCAUAUUCUAUUCGCACUGCAGAGAGCUACGUCCAGCCGCAUGUCAGAUCUUGAGACCUCCAUGGUCUCCAUCAUCGAUGUUUUCCACAAGUACUCAGGACACAAAUGCUACCUGAAGAAGGCCGACCUGAAAGACCUCAUCAACCACGAAUUGAAACAUUUCAUUAAGAAAGUUGAAGAUGACGAGACAGUUGGUCAAGUUUUUUCAGACCUUGACCAGAAUAGAGACGAAAAGCUGGACAUGAAGGAAUUCCUGACUUUCAUUGCCAAAGUGUUAGCAGCGUGCUAUAAGACCUAUGUGCCUCAGCAGCAUGCUAUGGCCCCUACGCAUCUUUAA